CUCUCCUCCGUCCCCUCGCGGCGCCUGCGCGCGGCGUGUCCGGGCGGAUCCGGCGGAAGCGCCGGGAAGGUUCCGGGGCCGCGAUGGCUCCGGACCCCUGGCUCCCGCUGCUCGCCGCCGCUCGCCAGCUCGCCCAGGACAUCGCCGAGAGGAUCCAGGAACGGAACCGCUGCCAGCGGAGCGGGGAGAGCUCGGCCAAGGUCAAUGUGGCCAUCAGGUCCUCGCUGCAGAGCCUCAGGGAGAAGAUUGAGCAGCUGAGGGAGCUGCUGCUGCGGGCAGUGUCAACACGCCAGAUCACACAGCUGGAGGGAGACAGGAGGCAGAAUUUGGUGGAUGAGCUCCUGACACGGCACAAACAGCUGGAGGCAUCCUACAGGAACGAGGGCCCGGAGCCAGACGUGAGCAGAUCCAGCCUCAUGGCAGGAGGGGCCAAACGAGGCAACACCAACCCCUGGCUCUUGGAAGAAUCAGAGGAGACCAGAGGACUUGGCUUUGAUGAGCUGAGGCAGCAGCAGAGAAGGAUCAUUGAAGAACAAGAUGCUGGACUCGAUGCUCUCUCUUCAAUCAUAUCCAGGCAAAAACAAAUGGGGCAGGAAAUUGGGAAUGAGCUGGAUGAGCAGAACGAGAUCAUCGACGACCUCACGAACCUGGUGGAGAACACGGACGACCGGCUGCGCAACCAGACGCGGCACGUGAAGCUGGUGGACAAGAAAUCAACGUCCUGCGGGAUGCUGGUGGUGAUCGUGCUGCUGCUCAUCGCCAUCGCCGUGGUCGCGCUCUGGCCCACGGGUUAACCCCAACCCCGCCGGAGCAGCUGCUCCACGGGAGCACCAGGGCUCAAGGGAGGCUCCUGCCAUGUGCAGGGACCUUCUGUGCUGGGAAUAAACUCCAUCCUUGGGAAGAAACUCCAUCCUUGGGAAGAAACUCCAGAGCUGGGAAUUCACUCCACAGCAGCAGGCUGAAGCAGCGUCCACCAGACAUCCACUCUCCUUGGAGCACAGCUCAGGAGCUCUGUGGGAUCUGGAGGAUGGCAGUGGGAAAAGAGGAUUUCAUCCCACUCUUCCCACCUUCCUCUGGCACUCAGGCAGCUGCAGCUGUAGGAUGGAGCCACCUCUCCUGCAUCUGCACCUGGGGACACGCUGCUGCUGCUGCCCUGCCCAUCUCCCUGAGCUCAGACAUCCCAGGCCUCCAAACACCGAAAUCCUGGAGUGCUCUGGAGAACAGCAAUGCUCCCCUGCUUUGGGAUCCCUUCUUCUGAGAGAAAAUGCUCCAUGGUUUCCAAGGAAUAGCCUUGGGGAAUGACUGCACUUGGAUUCUCACAGCAUGGGAAGCAACAGCCCUGCAGGACUGCUGUGGGCUGCCCAGAAUCGCUGGAGACUGGGUCAGUGCUCAGCUCAUGGGGGAAGUAUUGAUCUCCAGGGAUAGUUAUUGGUGAGUUAUUGAUCUCCAGGGAUGGGAGUUAAGCAGCAGCAGGACUCAGCCCAGCCUGUGAGAGUGGAGAGCUUUGCCCUCUGUGCUCCCCAGGGGCUCUGCCAGCCUGGCCUCGGGACAUGCACCAGAAUUAACGUCCUCACUGAGCUCUGUCUCUUCCUUUGACAGCUUCUUACACCCUUCAACAGCUGAGAGAAAGGGUUACCUAUUUCAAAACUAAUGAAAAAGAAGUAUUAAAUGUUUGCUUCUGGCCAAGAGAAUAAUUAUUUUGUUACACAUGCUGGUUUGAUUUCAGGAUUAAUAGAGCAAGCAAUAAGUACUGAUUAAAGCUGAUCCAUUUAUAUACAGUU